AUGAAGCUAACAAAAGAGCUCCUGGAGCAAGCCGGGUUCGGCCCCGUGAAGGAGGACCACAGCCGCGGGCUGGACCACGGCGCCUGGGUGCCGCUGAUGCUCAUGUACCCGGACGCCGACAUCCCCGUGUGCCAGCUGUCGGUGCAGACCGGCCGCGACGGCACGUACCACUACAACCUCGGCAAGGCGCUGGCGCCCCUGCGGGAGGAGGGCGUCCUCGUCCUCGGCUCCGGCAGCGCCACGCACAACCUGCGCAAGAUGGGCGCGUUCGACGCGCCCGUGCCGCAUCGCCGCCGGCCUUGGCUAUCGAUCAGGUACGAGGACGCGAACCGGUACGAGGAGAAGGCGCCGCACGGGAGGGUGGCGCACCCGUCGCCGGACCACUUGUACCCGCUGCACGUCGCGCUCGGCGCCGCCGGGGACGCCGCCAAGGCGGAGCAGAUCCACCAGUGCUGGACCAACGCCACCAUCUCCUACGCGUCCUACAGGUUCACCACCAAUAGCUGA